AUGGAAGGUGCCAACAAUAGAACUGGCACCAGACAAGGAGCUUUAGAACAACGCGGAAAGCCAAUGGGAGACGCCAACAAUAGACCUGGAGUCAAUCAGGUAGUAACGGAUCAACAAGCACAGCCCACAGAGGGAGUCAACAAUAGAUCUGUCGUCAGAUAUGGUCUGGCAACUUUUCAGCCACUGCCCUUGGAUAAAACUAGAAUCAAAUAUUAUUAUGUAGACCCUGGACAAACACAUGGAUACUUUUUGGUUGAACCUGGAACCGCUUACAUACUUCUACACCGAAAGUCGCAGCCAAUGGAAGGUGCUAACAAUAUCACUGGAGCCAGUGGAGAAGUACUUGAGAAUCGGGAACAGCUUGUGCGAAAAACCGACGACACACCUGACGACAGUUCAACAGAACAAAACGAAACACCAUCCAAAAUAGGAAAGUGCUGUGGCAGACAUGCCGUUCUGCCAUUGAUACUAGCUGAAAUAGGAGUACGAGUGGAAGAAGCCGACGACAUAACCGGCACUAGACAAGUAGUGUUAGAACAACGGAUACAAUCUAUGGAAGAGGCCAACAACAGUGUGGUGGCUCAACAAGCACAGCCCUUGGAAGCAGUCAACAAUAUAGCUAUAGCCAGAUAUGGUCAAGUAGGGUAUCAGGCACGGCCCACAGAUGCAGUCAACAAUGGAAAUGGCAACAGACGUGGUGAGGUAGAGCAACAGCCACCAAACUUGCAAGUGUCCACUAGUGCAGCUGGAGGCAGGCAAAAACUUGCAGGGCAAGCAGCACAUCCCAUGGUAGGAGACAACAGAGUAACUGCUACCAGGCAAGAAGUGGUGCAGCAUCAACCACAGCCCAUCCAAGGAGCUAACACUGCAUCUGGGAGUAGAUCUAGAGUCUUAGAGCAACAGGCAGUGUCAACGGAAGAACGCAACAACAGAGCUGGCUCCGGCGGUAGGGAUGGAGACAGUCAUCUAGCACAGGCUGUGGGACGAGCCAUCAGUAGUAGCUCCGCCAGGGUUGGAAUUGUAGAACAGGGGGCACAGCCAGUGCAAGGAUCCAACACAGAAGCUGUGAGGAGGCGGAGAAUGGGAGAGCAUCUUGCACAACCUGUGCCAGUGGAAGAACGCAACAGAGCUGGCUCCAGCAAUAGAGAUGGAGACAGUCAUCUAGCACAGGCUGUGGGACGAGCCAUCAGUAGUAGCUUCGCCAGGGUUGGAAUUGUAGAACAGGGGGCACAGCCAGUGCAAGGAUCCAACACAGAAGCUGUGAGGAGGCGGAUCAUGGGAGAGCAUCUUGCACAACCAGUGCCAGUGGAAGAACGCAACAACAGAGCUGGCUCCGGCAGUAGAGAUGGAGACAGUCAUCUAGCACAGGCUGUGGGACGAGCCAUCAGUAGUAGCUUCGCCAGGGUUGGAAUUGUAGAACAGGGGGCACAGCCAGUGCAAGGAUCCAACACAGAAGCUGUGAGGAGGCGGAGCAUGGGAGAGCAUCUUGCACAACCUGUGCCAAUGGAAGACCGCAACAACAGAGCUGGCUCCGGCAGUAGAGAUGGAGACAGUCAUCUAGCACUGGCUGUGGGACGAGCCAUCAGUAGUAGCUUCACCAGGGUUGGAAUUGUAGAACAGGGGGCACAGCCAGUGCAAGGAUCCAACACAGAAGCUGUGAGGAGGCGGAGCAUGGGAGAGCAUCUUGCACAACCUGUGCCAGUGGAAGAACGCAACAACAGAGCUGGCUCCGGCAGUAGAGAUGGAGACAGUCAUCUAGCACAGGCUGUGGGACGAGCCAUCAGUAGUAGCUCCGCCAGGGUUGGAAUUGUAGAACAGGGGGCACAGCCAGUGCAAGGAUCCAACACAGAAGCUGUGAGGAGGCGGAGCAUGGGAGAGCAUCUUGCACAACCUGUGCCAGUGGAAGAACGCAACAACAGAGCUGGCUCACAAAGUAGAAAUGGAAACAGUAAUCUAGCACUGGCUGUGGGACGAGCCAUCAGUAGUAGCUUCGCCAGGGUUGGAAUUGUAGAACAGGGGGCACAGCCAGUGCAAGGAUCCAACACAGAAGCUGUGAGGAGGCGGAGCAUGGGAGAGCAUCUUGCACAACCUGUGCCAGUGGAAGAACGCAACAACAGAGCUGGCUCCGGCAGUAGAGAUGGAGACAGACAUCUAGCACAGGCUGUGGGACGAGCCAUCAGUAGUAGCUCCGCCAGGGUUGGAAUUGUAGAACAGGGGGCACAGCCAGUGCAAGGAUCCAACACAGAAGCUGUGAGGAGGCGGAGCAUGGGAGAGCAUCUUGCACAACCUGUGCCAGUGGAAGAACGCAACAACAGAGCUGGCUCACAAAGUAGAAAUGGAAACAGUAAUCUAGCACUGGCUGUGGGACGAGCCAUCAGUAGUAGCUUCGCCAGGGUUGGAAUUGUAGAACAGGGGGCACAGCCAGUGCAAGGAUCCAACACAGAAGCUGUGAGGAGGCGGAGCAUGGGAGAGCAUCUUGCACAACCUGUGCCAAUGGAAGACCGCAACAACAGAGCUGGCUCCGGCAGUAGAGAUGGAGACAGUCAUCUAGCACAGGCUGUGGGACGAGCCAUCAGUAGUAGCUCCGCCAGGGCUGGAAUUGUAGAACAGGGGGCACAGCCAGUGCAAGGAUCCAACACAGAAGCUGUGAGGAGGCAGAGCAUGGGAGAGCAUCUUGCACAACCUGUGCCAGUGGAAGAACGCAACAGAGCUGGCUCCAGCAAUAGAGAUGGAGACAGUCAUCUAGCACAGGCUGUGGGACGAGCCAUCAGUAGUAGCUCCGCCAGGGUUGGAAUUGUAGAACAGGGGGCACAGCCAGUGCAAGGAUCCAACACAGAAGCUGUGAGGAGGCGGAGAAUGGGAGAGCAUCUUGCACAACCUGUGCCAGUGGAAGAACGCAACAGAGCUGGCUCCAGCAAUAGAGAUGGAGACAGUCAUCUAGCACAGGCUGUGGGACGAGCCAUCAGUAGUAGCUCCGCCAGGGUUGGAAUUGUAGAACAGGGGGCACAGCCAGUGCAAGGAUCCAACACAGAAGCUGUGAGGAGGCGGAGAAUGGGAGAGCAUCUUGCACAACCUGUGCCAGUGGAAGAACGCAACAGAGCUGGCUCCAGCAAUAGAGAUGGAGACAGUCAUCUAGCACAGGCUGUGGGACGAGCCAUCAGUAGUAGCUCCGCCAGGGUUGGAAUUGUAGAACAGGGGGCACAGCCAGUGCAAGGAUCCAACACAGAAGCUGUGAGGAGGCGGAGCAUGGGAGAGCAUCUUGCACAACCAGUGCCAGUGGAAGAACGCAACAACAGAGCUGGCUCCGGCAGUAGAGAUGGAGACAGUCAUCUAGCACAGGCUGUGGGACGAGCCAUCAGUAGUAGCUUCGCCAGGGUUGGAAUUGUAGAACAGGGGGCACAGCCAGUGCAAGGAUCCAACACAGAAGCUGUGAGGAGGCGGAGCAUGGGAGAGCAUCUUGCACAACCUGUGCCAAUGGAAGACCGCAACAACAGAGCUGGCUCCGGCAGUAGAGAUGGAGACAGUCAUCUAGCACUGGCUGUGGGACGAGCCAUCAGUAGUAGCUUCACCAGGGUUGGAAUUGUAGAACAGGGGGCACAGCCAGUGCAAGGAUCCAACACAGAAGCUGUGAGGAGGCGGAGCAUGGGAGAGCAUCUUGCACAACCUGUGCCAGUGGAAGAACGCAACAACAGAGCUGGCUCCGGCAGUAGAGAUGGAGACAGUCAUCUAGCACAGGCUGUGGGACGAGCCAUCAGUAGUAGCUCCGCCAGGGUUGGAAUUGUAGAACAGGGGGCACAGCCAGUGCAAGGAUCCAACACAGAAGCUGUGAGGAGGCAGAGCAUGGGAGAGCAUCUUGCACAACCUGUGCCAGUGGAAGAACGCAACAGAGCUGGCUCCAGCAAUAGAGAUGGAGACAGUCAUCUAGCACAGGCUGUGGGACGAGCCAUCAGUAGUAGCUCCGCCAGGGUUGGAAUUGUAGAACAGGGGGCACAGCCAGUGCAAGGAUCCAACACAGAAGCUGUGAGGAGGCGGAGCAUGGGAGAGCAUCUUGCACAAUCUGUGCCAGUGGAAGAACGCAGCAACAGAGCUGGCUCCGGCAGUAGGGAUGGAGAAAGUAAUCUACUUAGUGCCAGGCAUAGAAAUGCAGAACGAGCACAGGCUGUGGGACGAGCCAUCAGUAGUAGCUCCGCCAGUGUUGGAAUUGUAGAGCAGGGGGCACAUACAGUGCAAAGAUGCUGUUGUCAAGGUACCUCUGGACAAAGCAUAGGAGAGCAUCGUGCACAACCUGUGCGUAUUGCCAGGCAACGAGUAGUACUGCAACCUGCACAGUCCAUGAGUGCGGCCAACAGGAGAGCUGGCACCAGCGGGGGUCGUCCGAUGGAUGUGGGCAGGUGGCAGCUUCCUGAUUCAACAGUCGAUGAGAACAACAGGCGAAUUGUUCAAGAGCCUCCACGCGGGUUGCACUGGCUUCACACAUACACUGAUAAUGAGGCCGAGGGAGUGGUUAUUGAUGGUAGCAAUCCAUCGCAGCGAAACCGCUCACAUGCUAAUGAGGCAGAACGCGAUACAUCUUCACCCGAAGUCGUCAUCCUCGCAGAGCUGCCCCCAAGUCGUAUCUCAAGGGCCGUGGGAGAUUCACCUUCCAGAAGCAGCAGCAGUAGAGAUGAACUUUCGCCCGAUGUCAUCUUAGUCGCAGAAAUUCCGACGGGACGUAAUGUACGGAUGAUGAAAGUCUUGUCGAGAAAAUGGCGAAUCACCCGUCACUCUGGCAGUUGUCAAAUGUGUCCCAUAGAGAUGAAAGGGUCAAGGACAAUACAUGGGCUGAGAUUGCCAGUGAAACUGCAAAAACAAGCUAUCUGCCCCAAUCAACAGCAACAGCAAAGUGAGGCCCAGCCAAGUGGCUCAGCCCAGCAAGGCAGUUCAGCCCAGGCAAGUUUCUCGCCUCGUCCAGGUUGCUCACACUGGGGAGAGGGCUCAGCCCAGCCAGGUUGCCCAGUCUCAUCACGUGCCCAUCCCCAACCAUGCCACUCGUCAUUUUCAUGUGGCUCUCGCCGACCAUCAGCUCAGGCAGGUGGCUCAAGAUGGCCAAGUGUCUCAGCUGAGAUAGGUGGCUCAGCCGAAUCAGGUGAAUCGAGCCAAGCCAGUGGCUCGUCGGAGUCAGAUGGUUUAAACCAAACCAGCAGCUCAACCGAAUCAGAUACAUCAAGCCAAACCAGUGGCUUAGCUGAGUUAGAGGGUUCAAGUCAAUCCAGUGGCUCUGCUGAGUCAGAUGGUUCAAGUCGAACCAGUGGCUCAGCCAGGUCAGGUAGUUCAAGGCGAGCCAGUGGCUCAGCCGGGUUAGUUACUUCAAGCCGAGCCAGUGGCUCACCUGAGUCCGAUGGUUCACGUCGAGCCAGUGGCUUGACCUGGUCACAUGUUUCUUCAUCAUCCAGCCGAUCAGCGUCCGCAAAGGGCUCAGCCCGGCCCUCUAGAACAGCACAGGCGGGCAACCCUCGAGAUGCAGACUCAUUCUCCGAGGACACUACUUCAGAUGACUCAUACGAUGAGACGGACCUGAGCUCAAGGGUUCCUUCUACUGACACUCGCAAAGGUCAAAUAGCGUUUUUGAGGAGGCGUGACAUAUACAAAGGUAUUGACUUCUACGUGACACAAGUUUAUGAAUAUCAGGAACUUAUGGACUUGUCCAGAAUUUUUGAGUUGAGCUCAGUUGAUGAGGACACUGAUAUCGACAUGUACAUGCCAGCGGGGAAUGAUUCUGAUGAUGAAGGGGCAGAAAAUCGUGCUACUCGUGGCCAGAUAUCAUUUUCACAAGGUAAAGAGGCUCAAUUUAACAUAAUAUCAGAGAGUGAUUCUGAUGAGAAGGAAGAAGAAGAAGGAGAAGAAGAGGAGGAGGGGGAGGAGGAGGAUUCUUCUGAUGACCAGGUACCCACUGGCAAGAAAAUGAUUGUUAAGCGUCAGAGGCCAUCAACAAAUGGUCGUACAAAAAGGAAGAAGAUUCAAGUGAAGAGGAAAUCACAAGCUGGACGAAAGAAGAGAAGGAAAAUGUGAAAUAGUUCACAGAUGAACACAUCUUUCUGGUUUAUUUCCUUCAAGAAAUGAUUAUCUAACUUAAAAAGAAGUAUCUAUAUAUUUGGUGUGCCAAGUUAUCUUAUAAGUAUAAGCAAAGAAGAAGUUAUAAUCAUUGAUCAGCAAUGUUUAUGCAGUAUUCAGAGAACCAAAUAUUAAGAAUUGUCUGUUUUAUAUUAUUGUUAUUAUUCACGGAAUUAUCUGUGUUAAUUGUGAUGUUGCUAUAUUGUGUUAGUUGUUAGCAAUAUCCCAACAGUACUGUAGUAAGCUAGUGUAAUACGCUAUUUAAUAUGUAUUAUUGGUGUCUGUCAUAUGCAAAAAAUGUAUUUCCUUUACAGCACAAACAUCAACUGAUAAGUGAUGUGUAUCUUGAUUCACACAUAUUUCAUCAUCUCUGUGCCGUCAUCAGUGGUAACAUAGCGAGAGGUGUAGAAAUCUAUUUGGAAUAGAAUCUAAAACAAAUUAUUUUCAAAUGGCAUAACAUUUUACAUGAUGUUUUACCAUGGCACAAAAAGAGUUAAUCCUCCUUCAUACAUUGAUUAAUUAUGUUACCACAUAAUGUUUGUGCUAUGAUGGGAAUGAUUUUCCUGUAUUUACUUAGUAGAAAUGUAACUUUUUUUAUAGAUAUCAAUAUUAAUAGGCUCAUAUUAUAGCUGUUAAGUUACUUCUUAUUAAUAAGUUCAUGUUGUUCAGUUACUAUUGGUGUCCGCAAUCAUAAUCAGAAUCACAUAUAAUUUUUUCAAAGUCUGGGCUGUUCCUACUGUUGUAUGUACAAGGGAUAGAACUGGAAUUUUUAAAAUUCAUAUUACAAGGUCAUUUCAAUGCUCAUUGUAACUGUACAAGACAGUACCUACAUAUCUCCAUGAGUAACAAGAAGUUAUUACAAGAAAGUUUACUGUUCUUCUCAGUAAAUCCAUUAUUUCUGCUGUGUCAUCAGAUGUGGAACUAUUUUUGUAUAUAGAUCUCCACACCAACAGUCUUGUAUAUCUUUGUAGAGACUGACAUAAAUAGUUUGUGGAGUAAUAAGGUUUCUGAGUCGCAGUUGAAAAGGUAUGGGAACUUUAGUUUUCGAACAUGCUGUUGUACUACAGGAAUAAAGAUCAAUAGUUAUGAAACUGUACACUUUUGAUAUCAUAUGUGAAAAGAAAUUAACAAUUUCAAACUUAUCAAUAUAUUUUAUGUGAAUUUGGAAUACUUAAAACAGCUAUUUUGAAAUCAUAUAUGUCAUAUUUUGGACUCAUUGCUCUGAGACACCAUUAUGUGAUUUGUUUCUUAAUCUUAUGUAUUAAUUAUGUAAUUCCUGUAUAUUUCGAGUUUAUAUGUUUUUUUGUGGUUACAUUUAUAAUCAUUUCUUCUUUAUCACUCUAUGUUAAUACAAUUUUUAUGUAGUUGUCGUAUAUCAUGUCUCUUUCUUGAAUAGCUUGUUCCUUAUUUUGGCAUUAACACUUUAUUUAAUUAUUCUGUAACUGGAUGAUUUCACCAUUUUGCACAUUAUUGUUGUAUAUCAUAAUAACAAUUAUUAUACUUACAGUGUAUUAUGAUCCACACAGCUGUGUGAAACUCUUCUUAGGGACAUCAUCACAUUUAACUUUUUCAUCACUCUGCUGUGUGGGUUAAAUAUGCUGUAAGCAUAACAGUUUUUAUUGUAAUCUAGCUUGAUAGUGUCUUCGGUGUGAAAAUAACUACCUGCCUAAUGAUGAAAUAAAGUGCUUAUUGCGAAAUAAAAGAACAGCCUAUAUAGAAAAAUCACUUCCUUUAAGUAUAUUAAUAUCGACUCAUAUAUACUGAUUGUAUGCUUCAGUGUAUAUUUUGAUAUUUAGUAGAUAUUGAUGUAUAAUAUAUAUUCUGUAUUUUUAAAUGUGACC